AACAGCGCAAAAGCCCCGCGAUGGACUAGGUCCGCCUCAAUGCCUGUAAUUAAAACCACUUUAACACGGUUUCUUUCGCGUUAAAUGAUAUGUAGACUUUACUAAUUCUGCUUGCUGUCAUUCAGAGACCGUUAUUUAUCUGAGUAAAGCGGAUUUUCUUUUGUUUUUUGACCAUACACACGUGAAAUACUCAGCUUUUGCGUCUGACGGGCAUCACCGGCUGUUAAAAUACACCUCUAACGAAAAAUCCUCAAACUGUAAACGGCAGCACUGGAGCUAUGAAUAAGCGAGAAAGUGAGGGGUGUUCACGGAGAAAUGCUGAUGCAGCGCAGGAGCACGAUUUAAGCGCCAACCCCCCCUCAUCUGUCGUGGCUGCAUUCAAAGUUUUCCAGCAGGAGCUCGACACCAAACACGACAAAUAUGAGCGCCUUGUUAAGAUUAGUCGAGACGUCACUAUUGAAAGCAAGAGAACCAUAUUUCUUCUGCACAGAGUGACCACUGUACCGGAUGCAGAGGACAUUCUGAACGAGGCAGAUGUAAAACUGGAUGGAGUCCGGCAGAAGAUUGGGCAGAUUGCUGAAGAGCUGAGAGGCGAGGAUAUUUAUCAGUUUCACAGAGCGUUCACACCAGGGAUUCAGGAAUAUGUGGAAGCCGUCUCUUUCCUGCACUACAUCCGCCACCGCAACCUCAUCAGCCUGGAGGAGAUCAACGCCAGACUGGUGUUCAUGAAAACAGAGAAGGCAGAUCCUAAGGGCUCAGCUGAAGCGAUGCCCCUGGGCGCUCAGGUCCUGACCUUUCAGGUGACGCCGUCCGACUACCUGCUGGGCGUGGCAGACCUAACGGGAGAGCUGAUGCGGAUGUGCAUCAGCAGCGUCGGCAAUGGCGACAUUGACACGCCCUUCCAGCUGAGCCAGUUCCUACGGCAGAUCCACGAUGGUUUCUCCUACAUUGGGAACACGGGCCCGUACGAGGUGUCCAAGAAGCUGCACACGCUGCGACAGAGCUUGGGCAAAGUAGAAGACGCCUGCUACACCCUGCGCGUCCGAGGCUCAGAGAUCCCCAAACACAUGCUGGCAGACGUGUUCUCCAGUCGGACCACGCUCAUCGACCCUGAAGAAGGAGUGGUUUAAUCCUGCACUGCCGCAAUAACCGUCUUCUGUGUGGUGUCAUUGUAUUCUUUAGUUUGGCUCCCUUUUGGUGUUUGUGUGCAUUUUUAACAGGAUUUCACUGAUGUUUCUUGUGUUUGGUGAAAUACUUGUUCAUUUUUUUUAUUAUUACAACAACAGCAGUGUUACAAUAGACAAUGGAUUUUCUGUUCUUUGAUAAAGAUCUGAUGACUUCAGUUGUUUUGCAUGAAUAAAGGUUCUGUGCCAAA